UGAGUGCGUGAGAGAGGGGUUGAGAGAGAGGGUCGUGUGGCUAUCCUUGUCCUAUGCGGAUGUUAGCACUGUUUGGCCGCCGGUGCAGGGAUAACUGGUUGUCGGCAGAACCCAUAUCCCGGCGAGGGGAUGCUAAGCUGCUGUCGACGCUGAAGAGAGCUCGAAAGGAAGGAGCCGAGCGCUGAAGAUGCUCGGUGUACCGGGCAAGAUGGGUGAUGGCUGAGGUAGGGACACGCUGUAAGUGACUGCUAUUUCUACUUUGGGAUAGCAUGUGUGUGUUCAUGGUCGUUUUGUUUAAUCAGAAUUUUAAGUGGGAUACAGUCAAACGCAUCUGAAGGUAACGUGCUCUCAUCCGCAAAGGGGGCGUCUCUGAUUGACUGUGGCAGUGUUGCCUCAUGCAGACCCCAUCCUUGUGCCCUCAGCCACCUGAACAUACCUGCGAUUAAAGCGCAUGCGCUCUGUUCAGCGUGCAUGACGAAGUGACGUAAAGAGUGAGUAGUUUUGACGCAUCAGAGAAGAGCGUCUGUAGGUGCCAGUAGUUUUGACCAAAAGAAACAAUUCAGAUUAAGUCGGGUUCUUGCAGGGAACGUAUGACCUUGGAGCUCUGUUGCUAUUAUAAGGGAUCUUGUCUUUUUUCGAGACAUUUUUAUGUGGCCAAGUUCUGAAAUCACUCUUUUAGUUUGUUGUUUUAUCAAACCCAUAGCAGGCAGAGACUGAUUUGCUUGUUAUCUAAAUACUGCAAUGAAAUUCUAAUAACAUAUUAAUGCUAUAUUAUAUUAUAUAACAUAUUAAUGCGUAUUGUUGUAUUGUCUCUUGUCUCUCUCAAUUUUUACUCUAGCCCAAGAGAAAUUUCCUCAUUCUGUUCAUAGGCUUUUUUGAUUUGUCUGUUGGCUAAUAGACAAAUAGACACACACACACACACAGAGAGAGAGUAUUUGGAGACGUCAGAUUCAGCCUGCACAGCACAGCAGUGUGUAGUCUCAUCAUGGCACAACAUGAAGUCGCAGAAAGCUGUGAGGUCAGUGUAGCAAGGACGGUCUGUUUUGUGCUUUUUUCAAGGAUGUCCUUUUUCAUCCUGAGAAAGCGGAAGAUACUGUGUCUCCCUCACUUGCGGCUGGUCCGUGUUUGUUCUUCGCUCCCUUUUACCACCGACACAGGUCGCCAUGACAACCUCUGCCCUGCGUCGACAGGUGAAGAAUAUUGUGCACAACUAUUCAGAGGCGGAGAUCAAGGUCCGGGAGGCCACGUCAAAUGAUCCAUGGGGCCCAUCCUCCUCGCUCAUGUCAGAAAUCGCUGACCUGACCUUCAAUGUAGUUGCAUUUGCUGAGGUCAUGGGCAUGGUGUGGAAGCGGCUCAAUGACAGUGGGAAGAACUGGAGACACGUAUACAAGGCCCUAACCUUGCUGGAUUAUUUGUUGAAGACAGGAUCUGAAAGAGUAGCUCAACAAUGUCGAGAAAAUGCUUUCACCAUACAGACUCUUCGAGACUUUCAGUACAUAGACCGUGAUGGUCGUGAUCAAGGGGCUAAUGUGCGAGAAAAGGCCCGGCAGUUGGUGUGUCUCCUGAAGGAUGAGGAGCGGCUGCGCCAGGAGCGGAGCCAGGCCUUGAAGACCAAAGAGAGGAUGGCGGGUGGAGGCAGUGGAGGGGGCAGCGCGGGGGGAGCAUAUGGGGGCAUCCCUCCAUCCUACCAUCCAGGCAGACGCACCAGCCAGCCGAGCAUGGCUGUCCUGUAUGGAGAAGAGUUCAGUCGCUCCAGAGGCUCCCCUUCCUCCUUUAACUCGUCCUCCUCCUCUCCACGAGCAGCGUCAGACCUGGAGCAGGCCAGACCCCAGACCACUGGAGAAGAGGAGUUGCAGCUACAGCUGGCCCUUGCAAUGAGUCGAGAGGAGAGCCAAAAGGAACAACGUUGUCGCCAAGGAGACGAGUCUCUUUUGCAGAAGGCCUUGGACGAGAGCCGCAGAGAGAGCCAGUCAGGAGCGCAGGAGUCAGCCAUGCUGGACCUAGUUGACAUUUUUGGGCCCUCACCAGAGGGUCCUCCUCCCUCCUCGGACCCAUGGAGCUCGAAAGCAGUCAGUGAGCCCAACAGUGACCCCUGGAACUCUGUUGGCGCUCAUACCCAUACUGUAAGGGGCAGUCCUUGGACAGAACCCACACCUUCACGUUCCAAAUCAUCAAAUCCUUGGCCCUCAUGCUCCAGCUCUAGCACAGACCCGUGGGAAGCGGCGCCCCCCUCAUCUAGAGCGGUCAACAAUGAUGAGUGGCAUAGCCCAUCUGAGACUGACAAUGGUGUGGCAGGUCCAUUUAUAGCACAAAAUGAAGAUGAGUCCAAACAAGAAUAUCCUCAAGUGAACUCUCCUCUGCCCGCCAGUCCCACAGAUGCUGAGCUGUUCAGUGCCAAGUCCCUCUCAGACCCAUUUGCUGUGGGCGAAUCAGAUCCAUUUGGGACUGAACCCUCGGCCAAACCGCAAAUCAAUGGAAGGGACACAGCCAGCCCAGAGAUGUUUAAUUUGUCUCGACUGGCGCCUCCUCUGAGCACCCCUGUUACUCGGAUGUGUAGGACCCCUGAGGCGUUCCUGGGCCCUACAGGAGCUUCACUGGUCAAUCUGGACACACUCAUUCCUCCAAACCCACCCACAAAGACGCACAACAACCCCUUCCUCUCAGGUCUGAGCAGUCCCUCUCCCACAAACCCUUUCCACUGUGACCAGCCUCGCCUCACUUUGAACCAGAUGCGCCCGGCUUCGACAUCUCCGCUGCCGCCUCAUAUGCUCUCUUACAGCCCCUCUCUGCCUCUACCCCUGCACCACCAGCUACCCGUUUUGCCCUCGUCAUUCACUCAGCCUCCUGCAGCCAUUCUAGAAAUGCCCACGAACCUGCCCCAGCCCCUGCUGCCUCUCUCUCCGCGGCAGGUUCCACGCACACAGGCCCACAGCAACAACCCUUUCCUCUGAACUCUUGGAUAAAUCAGCCACUUUAAUUUCAAACCUGGGUUGAUGUCAUGCAGAACUGACUAAUGUAUCAGUGGGUCUUUAAUAUAAAAGAUACACUGGCUGCUAUGAACGGUAAACGUUUUAAAAACACAGGGUCUCUUCAAUGCCUUUAUCCCGCCUGACCACCCCGUAUCCACCCGUCUGUUCCCUUCUGAAAGAUAUGACACUACCACACACUUGUGAUUGUCACCCUCUGUUGCUGCUUCACCGACACAAGCAUGAAUGCACCCUCCCCUCCCACGGGACUCUCCACCUUUUACCCUAACCAACCAGAGAGUAACUUAAUUAUUUUUAUUCCAACCAGACAAUUAGUAUAUUGAACAUUUUUAGCACAGCUGAAGUAUAUGGAAAUGGUAGUAAAUUAACAGGCACUUCUUGGAUGAAUUAGUGACUCAGGUAGCCCUAUAUACUAUGAAUACAUAUUUAUGGUAAUCGCCUUGUUACUCUGCGUCGUGUCUGACUCAGAAUGAGAUAGUAUAGCCUCGGUUAUAGCCAGUUAGCUACAACAUGUUUAUGUCAGGUUGGAAACCAACCUCAACAAUUAUCUAAAUUUAAAGUUGUUUUCUCCCUGUAUUCUUCAGGUUUGACUACCAUUAGUUUCAUAGCCCACCAGGUUGUCAAAAUUUUGAAUAAAGCCAGGGCAAUCAGAAACCAAAAAUUUAAUUGUAUACCCGCAGAGCAGAUGAAGCGGUAAGACCAUAAUGUUAGUGUUCUAAUGGGGGUUGUUUGGUUUGGAUUCAUGGGCUGCACUGAACCUGGUAUGAAUGUGAAAUGCCUGCCAAUAAAAACAGGCCUCGUACAUAUGUAUUUAUUAGAGGAGUACCUAUUAAGUAUUAUAAAUAUCAAUAAAUAUAUGGUGUUUGCAAAA